GAAACAUAAAAAAAUAAAACGUUUCUGAAAUCGUUCUACAAUGUGAAAUUUGUCGCUAAAGUAAAAAAAAAGCAUACAAUUAAAAAAAAAAUUGUUUUAAUAUAAAGUAAAAACUAAAAAUAUUGACUGUAUUAUGACAACUAAUUUUUUGACAACAUUUCCCUUUAUUACGAGAUUUAAGGGGAAUUUUUCAAAUCUAUGACGCUGAUAAUUCAAAUUGUGUGGUUUUUAACGUAUUUUGUGUAACAUCAGUAGUUUUUCAGCCACGCAUAGAAGUUAAAAAUAAAUUGAUUACAAUUCUAUGUAAUCAAAGAAAUAAAAAAACACCUAAAUAAAUGCGUUUCUAAGGAGUAUUUUUGAAAAGGAUUAUCGAUAAAACAUUACGUUUCGCAUGUUUAAACUCAAAAUUUCAACAAUAUAAUAUUUCAAUAAAGUUAAAUAAAUAAUUUUAUAGAAUAGUUAAAGUUUAUAAAAUUUAAUUAGCGUUGAUCAAAAAAUUGAAGUAAUGUUUCCCAUGAUACCAGGUUUUCAAACGUGUAUUAAAAAUAUGAAAAUCGAUCAUAAGAAAUUUCCAGAUUUAGACAUUAUGAAUGGAGUACCCAUAGUGAGGUCAUUACAUUUAAAAAAUGACAAAAUUUAUCAUCAUAAAAAAAGCUCAAUGCAAAUUUAUAACAUCGAUAGCAAACAAAAUUUAAAACCGACUUGGUUAAUUUUUGAUAAACAGGCGUUGUCAUUUGAUGCUUAUUUCGAAAAUAUGUCAGCUAAUAGUUUUGGAUGCAGUAAUAAAAUAAGAAAAUGUAAAAUAAUUUACUUCCUUGAAGAUAACACAAUUAAAGUAAUUGAACCUAUCAUUAUCAACAGCGGUAUACCUCAAGGAUGUUUAAUAAAGAGGCAUGCAAUUCCACUACCAAAUUCUGAUGGACAGUAUUACCAUUUGUUUGAUCUCAACGUGGGAUCUACUGUGGAGUUUUAUGGUAAAAAAUUCAUCAUAACAGCUGCUGAUAGUUUUACUAGAGACUUUUUAAGAAAUGUUGGGGUUGAUGUGCCAGACAACUUACCGAUGCCCGAUGAUGAUUCGCUUAUGUCAAAACAAAAUGCGCAUCAAAACGAAUUGGGAAGUCAUACGGAUGGAGUUGUGCAUAGGCGUAAAACAAACAUUGAUGGUAUAUUAAACUUUAAAGGAUUUUGGGACGACCGUCAAAGUGCCGACGGAGUUGUACAUAGUUUUGAUAUUCAAUACUAUUUAAUUGACGAUACAAUGAAAAUCGUUGAACACGAAGAAAAUAGAAAACUCAAGACGUUUUUAAAAAGACAAAAAAUACCUAAAGAUUACAAUUAUAUUAAACCACCUGGGUUUUGCGAACCGUACAAUUUGCUCAACGUCUUGGGCGUAAACCCACUAAAUCGAUGGUACUCGUUUGACCCGCUCUCGAAUUCGAAACAUUCCAACAAUGCGUAUUACAAGUGGUAUGAUUUAUACAUUGCAAAGGAAAUUAAUGUUUACGGCCGCAACAUUGUUUUAAACUAUUGUGACGAGUUUACGAAACAAUUUUACCUUGAUAACGAUUUAAAUAAUUUUUUGUCUAUUGAUUCGUCCGAAGCAAAAAAAGAAACGUCAAAUGUAGAGGUCAACAAUGAGUCUAUCUGCAAUGAUAACAUUAUAUUAAGUACAUUUCAAUCUGAUGUAGACAUAGAUUACUUAAUAUUUAAAGCUAAAGCUUUAUUUCAACCACCAAAUGAUGGAACUAAUGAUUUUAUUAUAAAAUAUCACCUAAGAGAUCAAAGUUUUUCUGUUUUUGAAAUGAAAGGAAAUAAAGCAGGUAAAAAAUUUAUUUCAAAACGAAAAUUACAAAAUGUAGGUGAUAAUCAAAUUCCAACCAUUUUAAAUCUGUACGCCGGUAAUGAAGUUACAAUAGAUAGUUAUAAAUUUCUUCUCGCUGAUGUGGAUGAUAGAACAUUGAAGUUCAUGAUGAAUCAUCCAAUACAGUUUCCGCACUGCGAUGUAAAAUGUCUUAUGAAUCAAGUUUCCGAAAUUAUCGAGCCAGACAUUGACAGAAUAUACACAGAAGAUUUUGAAAGCAGAGAUCUGAUUGAGCGGACAAAAUUUGUUGAUAUUAUGACCAAGAGAUUAUGUAGAUUAAGUCAACAUUCUAUUUUAGUAAUAGCUUUACAGUACAAAAAACUUGAUGACAAGUGUCAAUUAUAUAACGAUAAGUUAAGAAGCAUUGUUCAUGACGAGUUAAAAAGACAUUUGUUUGAAUCUUUUGACGGGUUAGCUAUAAACUUUAAAAAAAGAAAUUAUUAUAAUAAAAGCGAUGGAUAUCUUGAUCGAGACAACACAAUGAAAGCUUUAAAAAGUUCAAAGAUUCCUCUCUCAGAUGAAAUUAUUGAAAUGUUACUGAAAAAAUUUACUGAUUCCGAUACAAAAAAAGUGUCCUACGUCAAGUUAUUGAAAUACUUGGAUUAUAUUUCUGAUCCUGAGGUAUGCAGUUCUCAAGAGUCGAUAAAGGAGAUAGUGUUCAAGAAACCCAAUCAAGUGUUUAUAAAAGUUCGAGAGUUAAUUACUGAUUUACGGAGACAAAAGUAAUUUGUUGUCUCCCCUCCACGUGACUUAUUGGUUACCAAUAUGUUUAAAAAUCUACCGCCUUGGCAACGC